AGGACGCUGCAGCCAAAACGUUCCGGCCUCGGCUCUGUGGGCGCGUCGGGCACGGCGGGCAAAGGGUUGGUGGACUGUCACUGCCACCUCUCCGCCCCGGACUUCGACCGCGAUUUGGAUGAUGUGUUGGAGAAAGCCAAGAAGGCCAAUGUUGUGGCCCUUGUGGCAGUUGCUGAACAUUCAGGAGAAUUUGAAAAGAUUAUGCAACUUUCAGAAAGGUAUAAUGGGUUUGUCCUGCCAUGCUUGGGUGUUCAUCCAGUUCAAGGACUUUUACCAGAAGACCAAAGAAGUGUCACGUUAAAGGUAACAGUCAUACAAAACAGGAACCAUUAAAAACAAACAAAAGAA